AUGCAUUUCGCCACCGUCGCCCUUUUCCUAGGCCUCGCAGCUUCUUCUUUGGCGUCUCCCAUCUCGCAUUCCGCCAAUGGACUCGCAAAGCGGGCUAUUUUGAGCGAGCAGAGCUACGCCGAUUUCCAGAUUUCCGACGGCCAGGCCGGCAACGCCCUACAAGAAGUCAACCAAAAGUUCCCCGUCACCGACCAAGACCCGGCCAACGUGUCGCAGGAGGACCAGGACAUCAUCUCCAAGGCGCGCGAGACGGCCGAGGACGCGGAGACGGGCAGCGGCGGCUUCAACGAGCAGAUCGAGGCGGCGGGCGAGGACUCGGACGAGGGCAAGGCGCUGCAGGUGGGCAAGAUCAAGAACAAGGUGCUCAAGCUGCAGCUCGAGGUGCUGGACCUGCAGAUCAAGCAGGCGCAGGGCGACGACCAGACGGACAAGAUCGCCGAGGAGCAGAAGAAGCUGCAGGAGAACAUGCAGCAGGACCAGGAUGCCGCGGGCCAGACGAGCAAGAGCGUGGCGGACACGUUCCAGGGUUGA